AGACUUGCCAUUUCAUAAAGGCUGGGCAGCCGGGCAGAGCAGGGCGGCCAGGAGGAAGAGCAGUUUGGCAAGGCUCAGGUACGGCAUCCCGGGGAGUCCAGGCUUCCCGAGACAUGGUGGGUGAGCGGCUGGGGCCAGGGACCCUGGCAGGCUUGGGGACUCGGGUUGCUGGGCCGUCCCAGCGGGCCAGCCAUUGGCAGCCUCACACACAGACCCGCCUUGUCCUCCCAGAGUUCAUCCGCCUGCCCUGGGAGAAAGCGGAAGGAGGAAGGGACUUCCCUUUGCCUGAGCAAAGAGGGCUAGAGACCAAGGGCCCGGGAGAGGCACGGGGUCCCUGGGAGCACCCUCGCUUUGCCCCAGCCGGCUGUCAUGCCCUCACCUUACUGGGGUCACUGGGCAUCCUUUAAGGAGCUGAGGGGUCCAGCUCUGGAGCCUCCCAUCCUUGGAUGGGUCAAGCACCCUCUCAGGCAGCAGAUGGCUCUCAGGCACCUGCUGCCAACUCUGGGACUGGGGCCCCACAGCGAACGGGUCUGGGAGAUUAUUGUUCUUGGCAAUGGGCUUUGCCAGGGCCCAGGGAAGGAGGGCCCAGCAGCCCUUCCCUGCCUCGAUCCAUAAGGCAGUCUCAUGAGAGGGACCUUGCCGGGAUCAGGGAGCGUGCAGCGUACCCUGCACCUGGCCUCCCGCAGGGAGGGGCUGGGGCUUGGCUCUGCCCACGAGCUGCACUGGUCCCCACACUCCGCAGACCCCAUGGGCAAGCGGACUACUGCCCUGAGCUUCGGGAGACCUGUGCAAACCCAGGUAAAGGCUAAAUGGCAGGAGAUUAGAAUGGGAGACACUGGAUGAUCGGGACCUGUGGGGUUCUUGGAGGCUGGCCCAGUGACACCCCCACAUUCUGGCAGCCCUGAUGGGGGCCCCUAGGCCCUCAGACCACCCUGUUCACCUCCGCCACCUUUGCUGGCUCCAUAUUCCGGCCCCCUACCUGGAUCUCAGGGUGAUGUCCUCACCUCCCCUGGCACCCAGGCUGUCUGAAGCCUCCCACCCUAAAGGUCUCCUGGAUAAUGACCCCUUAGAGCCAUCAACACUGAGCACUUACGCAGCCUCGGGCCCAUGCUCAGCACUUUAGACAGCUCUAUGCUGGGAUUUUUAAUCACCUCAAAUGCAUGCAAAAGCUGGACAAUGAAUAAGGAAGACCGAGGAAGAAGAACUGACGCCUUUGAGUAGUGGUGUUGGUGAAGAAUACUGAAUAUAUCCAAUGGACUGCCAGAAGAAUGAACAAAUCUGUCUUGGAAAAAGUACAGCCAGAAUGGUCCUUAGAAGCAAGGAUGGUGAGACUUCAUCUCACAUACUUUGGACAUGUUAUCAGAAGGGACCAGUUCCUGGAGAAGGACAUCAUGCUUGGUAAAGUACAGGGUCAGCGAAAAAGAGGAAGGCCCUCAAAGAGAUGGAUUGACACAGUGGCUGCAACGAUGGGCUCGAGCAUAACAACGAUUGAGAGCAUGGCGCGGGACUGGGCAGUGUUUCGUUCUGUUGUACAUAGGGUCGCUAUGAAUUGGAACCAACUCGACAGCACCUAACAACAACGUGCUGGAAUUCUCCCAACAGCGCUAUGGGGUAGCUACAGGUACCCAGGUACCAAAAUCCAUUGCUGUCAAGUCGAUUCCAACUUGUAGUGAGCCUAGAGAACAGAGUAGAACUGCCCUGUAGGGUUUCCAAGGCUGUCAUAUCUUUUGGUUAGCAGCUGAGUGCUUAACCACUGUGCCACCUGGACUCCUCAGCAAAGAUAUCAUCCCCAUUUUACAGAUGGGCAAAGUGAGCCACCAAGAGGCCAGGCGACCUGCCCAGGGUCUCCCAGUCAGUACAUGGAGGAUCUGGUAUUCAAACCCAAGUGGCUGGGCUCCAAAUUGCAUCAUGCUGGGUGGAUACUCUCGGAGGGCCCGUGGUGUAGACGAGGAAACUGGUGGCAGAAAGAAGGCAGAAACAGGCAGAGGCUUUCCUCUGGCAGGUGGGGAGUGAGAGAGAUGCAGCGGCAGCCGUGCCACCGGAGGACCCAUCAGCAGGGCCCCACCCCGAGGAGGAAGGGGCUUUGGCAGCAGUUAGUUCCCCAUAAUGCUUUGCGGCCAGCAGGCUUAAGAGCCAGCCCUUUCUCUCCUGUCCUGGAUUCCACGUGACCCCCCUGGGCUUCAGCUUCCUUUGCUAUAAUAGGGGCACGGGACUAGGACCCACGCUGCACCCACGUCGCACCCACCUCAAGCUUCCGUGGUGGCGCAGUGCCUGCACAGGCAACUGCCUAGGCGUCCCCAGGCCUGUGGCCUUGAAGAGAAGAGGCUGGUCCUCCCCGGCCCACAGGGCCCCCUUUCACCAUCAGAUGAUUUAGCAGCUCCCACCCCUCCCACUCUCACCCAGAAGCAGCAGAUCCAGGGCAGAAGCAGCUGAGCGAAGAGGUGAAACUGGGCAGCCCUAGCCUGCUGUGGGGGUCUGCAUCCCAGAGACCCCUGGGCCCAGAGGCCCACUGGCACCCAGCGGCUCAGCCCGAGGAGGCAGAGAUGGGUCUGCAGCCCUGCCUAGCCCAGUGGGGGUUGGCUGGAAUGUGGUAGAUAGAAGCCAGGGGAGUAGAGUACAAACAGGGCAGCUUCUCCCUGGGUGGCACCUCCCUGCCCCCACCAACGUGCCCAGACAGGCCCUAGCUGUCCCUCCCCAGGGGACCGAGUGUGCUGUGGUCAGCCUGGGUUUCCAGGGUGAAGAAGUGGGGGGCCCGGGCCAGCCCUGACCUCUGUGCCUCAAUCUUCAAUGCUUUCAAUGGCACAAUGAUGGUCCACUUGCUGGUUACAGGGGAAGUACCCCACAGGGUGAGUCUGGGGUGGGCAUUUGACGAAUGUCAUCUGAGAUCCUUAUGAACUUACGCAGCAUCAGACAGACCUGGUCCAGCCCUCAUCCAUGGGUCUGCAAGGGCUGCUCAGGUUCCUUGUGAGGACACAGACCCAGGGUCACCCUGAUCUGCAAGAAGGUGGCGUUGCUGCUCCGCUGGCCUGUGUUGAGCCCAGCUCUUCCCUAACCCCUGUGAGCACUCCCUGGGACUUCUGACCAGCACACAGAGGGGCAAUGCCAGGCCUUAGUGUUGGCCUUAGUGUUGCCAGGAAGGGCUGCUGAAAAGUUCUGUCCAGGCCCCCACCCCCUGCAAAGCUCCCCUGCCCAUCACCUUGCCCACAAGUCCAGUUACAUGUCUUGCAUUUUUGUGGGUUCUUUAGAGACUCUUGUGAAAGUACCGAGUCCUGGGCAGGCGGGAGGGGGGCAGGCGUCGUCUGCUGUCACAUCCAUUAGCAGAAGUCCGGGGGUGAUAGCAGAACAGAGAAAGGAAGGAGGAGUAACUAUUUGCUUAGUACUUGGAACCUAGUGAAGUGUCCAGCUGGCCUUUGUUGUUAACUGACCCCAGGCACAGUGGAACAAAAUGCUCCUGGUCCUGUGCUGUCCCCAUGACCUGUUGUGGAUCUGACUGCUGUGAUCUAUAGAGUUUGCACUGGCUGAUUUUUGGAAGUAGAUUGCCAGGCCUUUCUUCCUAGUCCAUCUUAGUCUGGAAAGCUGUUCAGCAUCCUAGCAAAAAGAAAGCCUUCACCUACAGAUGGGUAGUGGCUGCACGUGAGAAGCAUUGGUCGGGAAUCGAACCUGGGUCUUCAUCAUGGAAGGCAAGAGUGUUACCAUUGAGCCACCACUGCCUCCGGCUGGCCAUUAUUGAGUACUCACUAUACACCAGGCCCAAUGCCACAUGCUUUAAGCAGCAUCAUUUAAUCCUUACAACCAGACCAUAGAGACAGGGUGAGUGACUUGUCCAGGGUCACACAGCUGGUCAGAGGCAGGGCCAAGAGACAGGCCUAGGAUGGAGUCUCAAGAGACACAGGCUCUGGGGUCUGGGUCUGCCCUGGCCAGCGCCCCAGGGGAGAGCCUGGGGGCCAGCUGGAGUUCUGAGAAUGUCUCCUCUGCCCUCUCUGGGGGCCAUAGUGCUUGUGCCGUGCCCUGAGACCUGUGGGGUGAGCUCAGCCCCAGCCCUGCGGACCCCUCCAGAAAACAGGCCCAUGACAGUAAGGAGACUUAAGUAAGAUAGCUGGCAGCCUUGGGACCUUAAUGCUGACCCCUGGGCUCAGGCUGAAGGGUGUGGUCUCAUCAUUGACAAACACUCUGCCCGUUGGUGGUGGGUACUGUCAUUGCCUGUGAACGGAUGAGGAAAUCCGGGCGUUGAGGCCUAAAGAAAAGUUAAGUAGGCAAAGGGGGGCUGCCUCACAGUCCAGUGGAGGGGCAGCGGGGAGAAGGUAGGGGGCCAGACAGAGGUAACCAGGCACUUAUCACAGGGUGUGACCCAGUGUGGUGGGAGUAAAGCCAAGGGGGCAGGGGGCACUGUGAGUGUGUGUGUGUUUGUGUGUGUAUAUGUAUGUGGGGGAGUAAUCAUGGCAGGGUGUCUGGAGGAGGCAACAGAUGAGCUGAGACCCGAAGGGAAGGGAGCCAGAGAAGGGGGAGGAAGGGCCCCGCUGGCAAGUCCUUGGCACCAGGCCGAGGAGUGAGUGCGUCGGAGAGCUCCACUGAUGCGCCUCAGGAUGGACCCCUUUUCGGACACGCUGCGGCGGCUGCGGGAGGCCUUCAGGUCCGGGCGGACAAGAGCAGCCGAGUUCCGGGCCACGCAGCUCAAGGGCCUGGGCCGCUUCCUGCAGGAGAACAAGCAGCUUCUGCAGGACGCGCUGGCACAGGACCUGCACAAGUCAGCCUUCGAAUCAGAGAUAUCCGAGAUCGGAAUCAGCCAGGGCGAGGUUAACCUGGCCCUCGGGAACCUGCGGGCCUGGAUGAAGGACGAGAAAGUGCCCAAAAACCUGGCCACACAGCUGGAUUCAGCCUUCAUCCGGAAGGAGCCCUUCGGCCUUGUCCUCAUCAUCGCCCCCUGGAACUACCCCCUGAACCUAACACUGGUGCCCCUGGUGGGUGCCCUCGCGGCAGGCAACUGCGUGGUGCUGAAGCCCUCAGAGAUUAGCAAGAACGUUGAGCGGGUCCUGGCCGAGGUGCUACCCCAAUACCUGGAUCAGAGCUGCUUUGCCGUGGUGCUGGGCGGGCCCGAGGAGACGGGGCAGCUCCUGGAGAACAAGUUCGACUACAUCUUCUUCACAGGGAGCCCCCGCGUGGGCAAGAUUGUCAUGGCCGCCGCUGCCAAGCACCUGACUCCCGUCACCCUGGAGCUGGGGGGCAAGAACCCCUGCUACGUAGACGAUGACUGCGACCCCCAGACCGUGGCCAACCGCGUGGUCUGGUUCCGCUGCUUCAACGCCGGCCAGACCUGCGUGGCCCCGGACUAUGUCCUGUGCAGCCAUGAGACACAGGAGCGGCUGCUGCCUGCCAUGCAGAGUGCUAUCACCCGCUUCUACGGUGAGGACCCCAAAAGCUCCCCGGACCUGGGCCGCAUCGUUGGAGAAAAGCAGUUCCAGCGGGUGCAGGGCCUGCUGGGCUGUGGGCGCGUGGCCAUCGGUGGCCAGAGCGACGAGAGCCAGCGCUACAUUGCCCCCACAGUGCUGGUGGACGUGCAGGAGACGGAGCUGGUGAUGCAGGAGGAGAUCUUCGGGCCCAUCCUGCCCAUCGUGAAUGUGCAGGGCCUGGCCGAGGCCGUGGACUUCAUCACCCAGCGUGAGAAGCCCCUGGCGCUCUAUGCCUUCUCCAACAACAGCCAGGUGCCAUCGAGUUUGUUCCGACUCAUGGUGACCCAACGUGCAACAGAAUGAAACACUGCCUGGUCCUGCACCAUCCUCACGGUCUGUUAUUCUUCAGCUCGUUGUUGGAGCCUCUGUGUCAGUCCAUUUCAUUGAAGGUCUUCCUCUUUUUUGCUGACCCUCGACUUUAUUAGGCAUGAUGUCCUUCUCCAGGGACUGGUCCCUCCUGAUAACAUGUCCAAAGUAUUAUCGCAGUAAAUAUAUAGGUAACGAAUCAUUUGCCGUUUUUACAACUUUCCCGUGUACGGUUCACUGACGUUACGUUCAGCCAUCACCAUUUACCCUUCCCGAAUGUCCCCUAAGCAUUGGGUCUUCCUUUCCCCCUUCCUCCCACCCACCCUUGGUAACCACUAACAAACUCUGGUCUCCAUAGACUUGCUUGUUCUAGAUGGUUCCUACGGUGGUGGUUGUGUUGCUGGGUGCGUUGAGUUGAUUCCCACUCACAGCAACCCCUUAUGACAGAGUAGAGCUGCUGGGUGGAUUCAAAUCCUUAAGCUCCUGGUUAGCAGUCGAGGGCAUAUUUGCUGGACAACGUUUUCCUAAUAAACCUUUUAUUUUGGAAGAAUUUUAGAUUUACAGAAAAGUCACAAAGAUAGUUCAGAGAGCUGCCAUGUACCCCUCACCCAGCUCCCCCCAUUUAAAAGUCCUACACAACCUUAGAAAGAGCCCUGGUGGCACACUGGUUAAGCACUCGGCUGCUAAUUGGAAGGUCGGUAGUUCAACCCCACUAGACAGUCUGAGGGAGGAAGAUGUGGCAGUCUGUUCCUGUAAAGAUGACAGCCUUGUCCUAUAGGGUCUCUAGGAGGCAGAAUCGACUCGACGGCAACGGGAGCGGAACAUAACCUUCGUGCAUUUGCCAAAACUAAGAAACUGACACCGGUACGCUACUGCUAACUAAACCCCUGACUUAGUUGGGAUUUUGCCUGUUUUUCCAUUAAUGUCCCCUUUCUGUUCCAAGAUCCAAUCCAGAGUACCCAUUCCAUUUAGCCGUUGUGUCUCCCCAGUCUCCUCGGAUCUGGGGCAGUUUCUCUGCCUUCCCUUGUUCUUCGUGGCCUCAACAGUCUUGAGGACUGGCCCAGGUCUUCUGUAGAAAGUCCCGCAUCUUGGCUUGUCUGUUUUCUCGUCAUGAUUAGGUAGGGCCCGUGGGUCUUUGAAAAGAAGACCACAGAGGUGAAAGACCCGCCUCUUGACAUCACAUGGGGUACCUGACAUCCACACACCACGAGUGAUGCUCACUUUUGUCACGUGGUUAAGGUGGUGUUUGCAUGUGUCCCCGCUGCAAAGUGACAACUUUUUUCCCUUUCCGUACUCUAUUCUUUGGAAGCCAGCCUGUAAGUCUAGGCCAUCCUCAACGGGAGGGGCUGUAAUUAAGCGCCAUCUCCUAGAGGGCAGAACGUCUGCAGCUAUCAUUUGGAGUUCUGUAAUGAAGCUUUCUCUUUGCGAUCGAUCGUUCAUUUAUGUCAGUGUGGACUCACGAAUAUUUAUUUUAUUUUAUGAGUUCUAAUUCCAACCAAAAUGGGAAAUUAUCAAGCAAGCACAUUAAUGUCACGGGCAAGUAAAAUUUUGCUGAAGAUCAUUCAAAAGUGGUUGCAACUACCAGAAAUUCAGGUCAGAUUCAGAAGAGGACAUGGACCCAGGGAUAUCAGAUGUCAGAUGGAUCCUGGCUGAAAGCAGAGAAUACUAGAAGGAUGUUUACCUGGGUUUUAUUGACUAUGCAAAGGCAUUUGACUGUGUGGAUCAUAACAAAGUAUGCAUAACACUGCAAAGAAUGGGAAUUCCAGAACACUUAAUUGCGCUCAUGAGGAAACUUUACAUAGAUCAAGGGGCAGUUGUUCGGACAGAACGAGGGGAUACUGCGUGGUUUAAAGUCAGGACAGGUGUGCGUCAGGGUUGUAUCCUUUCACCAUACUGUUCAAUUUGUAUUCUGAGCAAAUAAUCUGAGAAGGUGGACUAUAUGAAAAAGAACGGGGCAUCAGGAUUGGAGAAGACUCAUUAACAACCUGUGUUAUGAUUGCUGAAAGUGAAGAGGACUUGGGGCACUUACUGAUGAAGAUUCAAAGACCACAGGCUUCAGUAUGGAUUGCACCUCAACAUAAAGAAAAUAAAAAUCCUCACCACUGGACCAAUGAGCCACAUCAUGGUAAACGGAGAAAAGAUCAACAGCCAUGGAAGCAGCAGUGAAGAAAU